ACAUCUCCUUUCUUUCAUUUCAUGAAGUCAUCUGUUGCCGUUUCUGGCGUUUCAUCGCUGACUGUGCCGCAACGGCGAAACCUGCUCAUUAGAAGAACCUUCACAUGAGCUGUUUUUAGAGUGUGCACGCCACGUUCUUGGACGCGAACGCGCGCAUCUACACAGGCAGGCUCUCUGUGUUCUGCUCCUCCAUGACGGCGUGCGGUUAAAAAAAAUCAUAAACUAGUUUGAAAGUGGGGGGGACACAAACGUGAUUUUGAAAAGUGGGGGGGACAUGUCCCCCCUGUCCCCAGUGGAAAUUACGCCCUUGGGUAUACAAGAAACAUGACUGUAUACUAUUUCAAAAAUAAGACAAGAAACAUGAAACAUGAACAAAACUAAAACUAUAGCCUACGUGACACUUAUCUAGGGAUUAAAUACACCACAGAUAUGAGGUUAAGAAUGAGGUUGACGUUUUAAUUUUUGGCCUAAAUGUAGGACAAGUAUAAAAACAACCACACCGUGUUUUACUGCAUUAUAGAAAGCAUGACUUACUUUCACAUAAUACUGAUCUGAUGUCAGUAAGGGUCAAAUGAAGGGUAUAUAUGCUAGACUGUUGGGCUGAAAAAAAUAAAUGUUACAAACUUAAUGUUAUGUCUGGUAGUGUGUUUCUGGGAAUUACCAUGGUAAUUUGAAAUCUGCUUCUCAGUAUGUCCACCUUUACCAUACAACCGUCCAACCCAGAGCAGCUUGUCAUGUCCAGUCAGUGCAACUCAAAAGAGACGAUUUUAAUGUAAAACAUUUUACACAUUUUUAAUAGCUUUAACUAUAAUUUUGUGUAGUCAUAAGUUAAAGAUUUUUGCUGUAUAAGAAAUAACUGAGCCCUAAAUGAGUUAGUAAACUUAAAAAUCAAAACUUUGUCAUCAUUUGUGCACUUUCAUGUCCUUAUAAACAUGUAUGACAUUCUUUCUUCUGUGGAACUAAAAAAAAAUGACAUUCUGACAAGUGCUUCCACUUUUUUUGUCUAUAAGUCAAUAAACAACUAUAGACACCAGUGACUUGAAUGAACAAAUUGAGACAUUUUUUAAAAUAUCUUCUUUUGUGUUUUAAAAAAUAAAGAAAGUCACAGGUUAGCUUUCUUUGUUAAAUCACUAUUAGUAAAGAUGACUGGAUGUUUACAAGUACAGAUAACAGAUAUCAUGUCUGAAAACUAUGAAAAUAUACCCAAAACUGUUACUUCCAUUCCAAACCUUUACACCCUAUUUGAGUUUUGUUAUAUAACACAUGACAGGUUUCACUGUUGACAUGGUUGUGGCUUUUCUGCCAUUUGGGUCUAAUGGGUUUCCUGCUCUUUGGGCUUUAUUUAAGACAUACAUUAAGAAUAUGCAGGAAGUGUUUAUCAGAUUGAGUCAUAUGUGGAACCAUCGACCUGUCACUAUAUGUGAGGAAUAAUUCUGUUCAAUAAAGUCAGACAAUGGAAGAUUUUCAAGUUGAAAUUCCAGAAAUUGAAGUUCCAGAAAUGGAAUUUUGUGAUGUGGAGACAGAGAUGGAUUAUGAAUUAGAGAUGGAGGAUGAGAAUGUGGUGGACAUAGAAGAUGGAGAAUCCGAGACUGAAAGACAAUCUCGUCCAAAAGCUCAAAAUCCAAACCGCCAAAUCCAGCAAAACCGGCAAAAGCACCAAAGUCCUCGCAAAGUCCAAGUAAAAGUGAAUGACUACUUGCGUUGCUCUGUGAUGACCGUCACGCUCUGCAACUGCCUGUUUCUCGGUACGGCUGCAUUGAUGUGCUCUUUAAAGGCAGUGAACAGGAAGUAUAAGAGAGAUGUCAACGGAGCCAAGAAGUUCAGCUGCUGUGCUCUGGCUGCCAAUAUUUUUGCCAUCAUUACAACCAUCAUCACCAUAAUUGUUGUUUCUGUUGUUUUGUCUUAUAGUUAUAACCAUCGGUGUUAAGUCAUUUAAAUGUUCAGAUCCAUCCAUCACAAUGAAACAACAGGAAAGCUCCAGCUUUAUGAAUAUGAUACAAGAAUAUAAUACAAUCUGCAUUUAGUUUUGCAGCACUUUUUUCUUUUUUCCUUACUGUUUGCUGCUUAGUAUUAUUAUUAAACAUUGCAUACAAUGUACAAACCUUUGUUUGUCUUUUCAUUGGAUGUUUGUUAAUCAGAAGUAUACUUACAUUUAGCUUUCCACACAGAUUAUAAGCCUUUAGUUACCGCUCUUUGGAGGGAAAAUCAAGAAAAUAAAUGUCUGAAGCUAUAAGUGCUACUUAAACCUGUAUUUAAAACAUGAAGUAUUAUAAAUCACAUAUAAUUAUAAGUAUUAUAAAUCACAAGGAAAUACAUGCUACAUUAUGCAUUUACUUUAGAGUUGAACCAGCAUAAGCUCCAGAUUAGCAGCACAUCCUUG